UUACUAGAAAUAUCCAUCAAAUUGGUGGUACCUCAAGAAGUGUAAUCGAGAACUAGUAUAACACGUGAUUCGAGUUGAACCCUUCUGACGCACUUACAAGAAUAAAGAAUUCAUCCAACUCCAAUCGAUUUGAUUAAGACAUAAUCAUACCGUAAACAAGUCAAUAAUCUUUGAAAAAAAAUACUAAAAAUUCUUGGGAUGACAACUUUGCAAGAAUGCAAGUUACCGUUGGAGAAGGGAACAAUCCUUGUCGUUAUUAAUGCACUUUUUUCACUGGUUGGCACGCUUGGGAACAUUCUCAUUAUCAUGGCUGUUCUGAACACACCUCGACUUCGACAGAAACCGUCCAAUUUUUUUCUCUUGAGUUUAGCAGUAGCAGAUUUGUUGGUGACGAUKGUUGCGCAGCCGUUGUUCACUACUUCAAUAUCAAUGAAGACAUUUGUGCAUCAAUGUCAUCGUGAAGUAGAUAUGAUUUAUGUGGUAACAGCAGCUUUAGCUGGCGGGAGCUCUGUAUUCCAUCUUGCUGCUAUCAGCAUCGACCGUGCAAUAUCGACCUUAAAGCCUCAUCAACAUCGUGAUAUAAUCAAAAAGGCGUUGAAGGUGAUGUUGUGCACGUGUUGGGGACUUGCUGCACUGGUAGCAGCCAUAAUCAUAGGAUACCCURUCGCAGCUUCUACAGUGUACAUCGUCCUUCUUCUGUGCCUUGGUGUUAUGGUUGUCGCCUAUGGAAUGAUYUUGUACAAGAUUCUAUCGAACAAUACAGUUAACGUUGUUGCUCAUACUGCGCGUGAUCGAGCCAUGGAAAAACGAGUUUCAGGAACAGUUGCAAUUAUCAUCGCGUUGUUUGCUGUUUGUUGGGUCCCUCUCAUUGCAUUCCACCUAUCUCGCUCAUCUACCACUGCUACAGAGACUACAUACUGGUGGAUUCGCACUCUUUACUUGGCCAACUCUUCCAUGAACUUCAUCGUGUACAGUUUAAGAAUUCGCCAUUUUCGUACUGCAUUUAUGAAAAUCAUCAAUAAAACCAUGCAAAGAGUAUUACCCAAUAGAUGUCAAUGUUGUAUUCCAGGAAAUCUGGACAGUAAACAGAAUCAAACCCCUGUAUCACUUGCCACACCAUUUAACACUUUCCCAAUGAAUUCAAAACAAACUGAUGAACAAAAACAAAAUGAAAGAAGUGAGGAAAAUGAGAAAGUGAGGAUUCAACUGUGUUUAAAUGAACUUUAGUAUUUAUUACAUCUCUCGAAGACAUGCGUUUAUGGACUAAAACAACCGAUAACAUGGCAGCCAUUCACUCACACUAAGACUCUGAAGUUAAUUCUAUUUAUAUGAAUUCAUUGUCCAUAAAGUGUAAAAUUUGUGCAAUAAAAUAUAUUCGUUAAUUAUC